UUCCUCUUCUGUUUCAUCCAGGAAAGUUCCUGCUAAUGUUGCAGUCCGUUAAAAGGGCUUUUGCUAUUGGUGAUAACAACCCCUGGUUACAUGAAUGUUUGAUUAAAUUUUCCAAGUGUGUGUCGAAUCACAGUAAUUUGCCAGAAAUCGUGAACAAGGUUCUUACGCAAGAAAUGGAGAAGAUUUUUAUUAGCAAAGAUUUGGAAAGUUUCAACGAAGAAUUUCUCAAACGUAAUUCUACCUCUAUACGGCACCUGCUCUCAGGUGCUAAAAUGAUGUAUUUCCUGGACAAUUCAAGGCAAGAGAAAGCAAUCGCCAUUGCUACUAGACUCGACGAAGCCAUGAGAGACAGAAACGUGAAGAUUUUAACGACGGUUUUGGAUUUCUUGCGUGACGGCACCUUUGGCGAAUGCCACAGCCAGAGCGAGGCGUAUCGGACCGCGUGCCACAAAAUGUUCCCUAUAGCGACGGCCUUCAUGUCUCCCACCAGUGAUGAGGACAGUUGUUUUGCCCCCAUGAAUCAUAUGUCCAUCAAUCAUGAAGUGCUGACCAAUGAGAUUUGAAACAGAAGGCGGGACUAGCUCCUGACAGUCCAGGGAUCAUCCGGGAUCUUCUGGCUGGAUCUCAUCGGAACCACUCAGCUGUCCAACCCGGGAAACUGGAGGCAAAUCUACUGUGCUGGAACUCCUUUUUCCCCCUCAACAAGAGCUGCCAAUAUUAAUAUAAACAGCCUUUUUUUUUUUUUUUUGCAUAAUACUGGCUGUGUUUAUACUUUGUACAGCUAUAAAUCUUUCUAUUCUGAAUCGUCGACCCAUAAAUUCCAUUGAAUAUACCAAUAAAUGCGAUCACUUCUAUCAAAACGUGUUGGGUGGCUUGCAAGGAAGAUGUCCCAUCUGAGGAGAGGCCGCCAUUUUGACUGUGUCACCAUCCAUGGAAAGUCUUGCAUGUGAAAGUGAACAAACCAGGAUAAAUACAUCCUCAACACAUGUUUUUCUUCGGUUUUAUGUUUCGGUGUGGUCCUUGGUGCUCCCUGAGCUGGGUUGUUUUCUUGCAGAUGUUUCACUGCCUAAUUAGAUAACAAAUACAGAGCAAAACCCUGCUUCCUUCUUGCAUUGAUGACGUUACCUAGUCGGGUCGUGAAACGUCUGUAAGAAAAACCACCAAGCUCAGAGAGCACCAAGGACCCCUCAUUUCAACCAUGAGCUACAAAUAUUAUUUUCCAUUUCUUUCAAAGCAUGGAUCGUGAUGGGUACUGGCAUAGUUUUUUGUCAGUUUCCUAGUAUUGUGUGGAAAUUCCGAUUUAUUGGAAAAGCGCUUUCGGAUUUAUAAAACGGCGAAUGUGUUUUUUAAAGCUGUAAAUUAUUUUGGUUCAUAAUGAUUCUUUUCAAUGAUCCAUUAAACAUUUAAUACCAUUAAGUUGCCAUUAUGACAAUUAAGUUACCUUUUUUAUUACUUAGGAAUUUAAAAAAACAUUUCACUUCCAAAUCGGAAGGGAGAAAAUUAACGGGGAAUCCAGUCAUCAUAAUAAUGGUGAGCUACACUAAAAGGUUCAAGAAACGAAUCAGAAACCAAUAGUCGGGAAAAAUAUUGUUAUGUUACAUGCUGUAAAGCUGUUAAUGUUAAAUAAGGUUAUUUCUUUUAAAAAGCACAACUUUAUCUAAUUAUACAUUACAUUUCAUCUUUUUCCCCCGUUUAUUUUUUAUAAGUUAAUGUCCCUGCACUUCACGUAUAACAUAUCAACGUUUUGUUUCAGUUUUAAAUGUUUUUCCCCCCUGUUUAGGAGAUAAAUAACUAUUCCUGAAAAUGUAAAAGAAAAUCCACUGUGGCUUGUAUAAAAAAAACUCUCUUGUUUUGAAAACAAACAAACAAUGGAACCAAUUUGUUUUCAUUUUUUUUUUUUGAGUAAUGUAAAUAUUUAAAUGACGGAGGUCCUAUGCAAAAUUUAAAAAGGGAAGUUUUACCAAGCUGUCAAGAAGACAAUCUCCUUUGUCAUUUAGUUAGGAUCGAUAGUUGAAUGAAAACUUUACUGUAAAGAGUUCAACAAUGUAAUGCUGUAAUAAAUUAUU